AAUUGAGACAGGUGGCAGGUAUAUGCAUGCUGUCAGCAGCCGAAUCAUAUAGGCCAUGCACUGAUGGGGUCUGACUGCAGGUGGCAGUGGUUACUUAGCCCCCUCUGCUUCUCCAUUCUUCCAGUGAUUGCUCCAGUUUGUAAGGCAGAUGAUGUCAUGGGGAGAGUGGCUCAGGCUUGGCUCAUGAGAAAUGAACAAGUAACAUGAAUUCCUUGGCAAGGAUGCCAUUAGGGGUUUUUAAAGGUGGAGACUAGACAGGUUUUUGGGGCAAUGGGAGAGGGUGCUAUUCCUUAACCUGGGGCCCGAGUCACAGGUGCCAGCUCCGAGCACUCUCCCUAGGAGGGCUGUGCCAAACGCGCUGGAGGACGCUGCCGUCCCUUUGUGAACUGGUCUGGGUGGUGGUUUUUGCAGCGAGCACAGGAUCGUCCCGUAGUCAGAGCCACGUGGAAUCUCUCCUCCGGCUGCGUGUACGCACAUCCCUCUCUGAUCCAUCAGUGCCAGCCCCCUCCUGCUGCAAUGAACCAGGCCAGCAAAAGGAGGGGCGGGCCUCCCUCUCUGAUGGGCGGGGCUUCAGAGGAAUCUGAGCCGCAGUCGGAGGAGGGGAGAUGAUAAAUAUUACCCAGAAGCGAGAAGCUAGCCAGCCUGUAGCUGCCUGUUCCUUAGGGAGGAUUACAGAGCUGGGUACAAUCCCAGGAGCGCUCCUCUGGCUUUGCAAGACCUGAUCUCUGCAGGGUUGUUGGAGGCAUUUCUGGACGUAGGGGACCCGAUUCUUCUCCCCCGGCUGCUUUGGAGCAUGGCUGGCAAGGUGCAUCGGCUGUGCAUGGGCUGGAGCUUACUGCUGUUGCAGGCAGCGCUCUGCUCUUCCCAGGGUAACUGCGAUAGCCCCGACCAGUGUGCUCGGAAUAAUUCUAACUGGACUAGCCUGUGGUAUGUCUGGCUGAUUCUACUGACCGUGUUCAUGCUCCUGCUAUGUGGCAUCACAGCGAGCUGUGUGAAGUUCUGCUGCCGAAAGAAGAGACCCCCAGUUCAAACCUUUCCUAGACGCCCCUACGAUUUGACAGUCAUUGCCGUUGAUGGCGAUAGCACCGCCCACAGCACGGUGACUUCAUACAGCUCUUUCCAGUACCCCCAGAGCGCCCCACUUCCCCUUCCAUUUGGGGAUAUGGAUAGGAGCACCAUGUCUCCCCCAGCCUACAGCCUCUAUGCAAUGGAGUUGCCACCCUCAUAUGAUGAGGCCAUCAAAAUGGCUAAGCCCUACAUUGAAACGGUGUUGGUGGGCCAGAAGCUCAAUGACAUCCUUGAGCCGGUGGCACCAGAAGAGCCAAAUCAGCACCACGGUUCAUCUGCUCCUGUGGCUGGUGAACUGGAGACACAGCCAAGUUCAGAAGAACCACAAGUUGAAGCACAAGGCCAGCCUCCGCUCUAGCCCAUUUAGAGGUGAGGGAGAAUACAAGGACCUCGAAGUACUAAAGACAUUAAAAGUUUGAUCUUAUAUGCAAGUAACCAUGGGAAGAUGCCUAAUCUGAUGUCCGUAGCAAUGAUCUGUCAUGUGGGAGGAAUGUUUCCUGCAAUUGCAGUAAUCUUCUGUUGAUGAUUCUAGGGUAUUAAAUGAAACAGGAGGACAGCAGUUUAAAAAUACCCUGUAUGGGUGAUACGUGGAUGCUAGUUUGGGUCCUGCCAAUGAAAAAUAAUCCCUUGUACUGAUAUAGCAAUGAAAAGGGCAGGGGCAUGGUUCU